GCCGGGCUGGGGCCGUUCCGAGGUGCCGGGGCGUGGUCGGGGGUCCCGAGGGUCCCGAGGGGACGGGAACCAAAGCCCGGCUCAUCCCAGGAGAGGCAGCUCCAUCCCGGGCUGCCCAGGGUCCGCGGGGCUGGAGCUCCGCGGGGCUCAGCCGGGCCGGGCGCUGAUCGGAGCCGCACAAAACCCGGCCUGGUUUGGGAAGGGAAGCCGUGUGCGCUUCAGGAGGCUUUUUAAAGAGGCUUUUUUAAGAGGCUGUGCCGCUGCGUGGCGGGAUGUAAACAGCCGGGGGCGAGUCUUUAUCAUCGCAGAACAAUCCAGCGGGUGGGGUGGGUGCUGCUGGGCAGAGGAAGCAGCGGAGGCAGCGCCGCUCCCGGGGAGCCGCAGCCUUUAUCUGGGGUCGGGGCACACGAGGCAUUUCCAGGAUGCUCUCCCCUCAAAACGGAGCCUCGGCAGCUGGGAAGAGCUCGGCGACUUCAAUCCUGCUCCAAGUUUGGAGGAGCUGAAGGGAACAGCGCUGCCCUUCCUUCCCCGGCCGCCGCUCCCGCAGGAAUUUCUGUUCUGCUCUGCUGAGCCCCCUGCCCUCGCCUGGAGAGAGAGCAAAACCUCCUCUCCUUCCCAAAGGCAAUUUUUCACAUCAAGGACGUGGAGCUCGGCCUGGCCAUGGCCACGCUGGUGACGCAGAAGCUGAGCCAGCUCUUCACCCCCGCCGGGCUGCCUCGGCUGCUGGGGCCGCCGGCCCCGGGCACGGUGAGCAGCGCCGAGGUGCCGCCGGUCUUUUGGAAGCCCUACAUCCACGGCGGCUACCGGCCCCUGCGCCGGCCCUGGCGCUAUUACUUCUGCACGCUCUUCCAGCAGCACAACGAGGCCAUCAACGUGUGGUCGCACCUGGCGGCGGCGCUGGCGCUGCUGCUGCGCCUGCAGCGCCUCUGGCAGCGCGUGGACUUCGGGCAGGACGCGCACGCCCGGCCGCUGCUGCUCAUCCUGGCGGCCUCCAUCACCUACCUGACCUUCAGCAGCCUGGCCCACCUGCUGCAGGCCAAGUCCGAGUUCUGGCACUACAGCUUCUUCUUCCUGGACUACGUGGGGGUGGCCGUGUACCAGUACGGCAGCGCGCUGGGCCACUUCUACUACGCCAUCGAGCCGGGCUGGCACCGGCGCGUCCGCGGCUUCUUCCUGCCGCUGGCGGCGGCGCUGGCCUGGCUGUCCUGCGCCGGCUCCUGCUACGCCAAGUUCCGCUUCCACCCGCGCUGCCCGCUGCCCGGCCGCCUGUGCCAGGAGCUGCCCUCGGGGCUGGCCUACGCGCUGGACAUCAGCCCCGUGCUGCACCGCAUCUGCACGGCCGCGCGGCCCGACCCCGCGCUGCCCUACCACCAGGGCCAGGUGCUCUUCUUCCUGCUGGCGGCGUUCUUCUUCUCGCACCCCUACCCCGAGAAGUGGUUCCCCGGCAAGUGUCACUUCGUGGGGCAGAGCCACCAGAUCUUCCACGUGCUGCUGGUGCUGUGCACGCUGGCGCAGAUCGAGGCCGUGGUGCUGGACUACGAGGGCAGGAGGGAGAUCUACUCCUCCCUGCAGGGGGGCCCGGCUCACGACUUCUCCGCGCUGUUCCUGGGCACCGUCGCCUGCUCCGUGCUCACGGCCACCUACAUGGCCCGCAGGGUGAAGAACGAGCUGGGCCUCAAGGAAGAGUAAAGAAGGAACGAGCUCAGCCCAAAUCCAGCCCCGAGCCCCCAGGGAAGGGGGUGGGCAAGGCGCUGAUGUGUCCUGCUGUGCUCAUUAUUGUCAUUUAACCCCAGCCCCCAGAUGCUGCUUCACAAACUGUCGCUCAGCAAGCGCUUUCUGUAGGCAAUGAGAGAUGCUCUUAGUGCUUUUUAAACCCAGCCUGGUUCCAGCUCGCUCACAGAAUGGCACAGGGUUCAGCUCACCUCUGAAUAAACAGUUGGAACG